CGGUAGUCACUCGAUUCCGCAGCAGCCACAGCGGAGGCGACCGUGCGCAGCGAGCCGGUGGCGCGGGUGUCUGGGUAAGGCCGAGCCCGGGAGCAUGAUCGUGGACAAGCUGCUGGACGACAGCCGCGGCGCGGAGGGGCUGCUGGACGCGGCCGGCGACUGCGGCCUCAUGACCAGCCCGCUCAACCUGGCCUACUUCUACGGGGCUUCGCCGCCGGCCGCCGCCCUGGGCGCCUGCGAUGCCAGCUGCUCGUCGUCGGGGCCCUCGGCUCCCGGUUCGCCCGGCUCCGACUCCUCCGAUUUCUCCUCCGCCUCGUCCGUGUCCUCCUGCGGCGCCGUCGAGUCCCGGCCGAGAGGCGGCGCCCGCGCCGAGCGCCUGCAAGUUGAGCCCCAUAUGGGGGUUGGCAGGCAGCAGAGAGGACCCUUUCAAGGUGUUCGUGUGAAGAACUCAGUGAAGGAACUCCUGUUGCACAUCCGAAGUCAUAAACAGAAGGCUUCUGGCCAAGCUGUGGAUGAUGUAAAGACACAAGGUGUGAACACAGAGCAAUUCUCAGAAUUGAAGAACAUAGUAUCAUAUAGUGGGAAAAGGAAAGGGUCCAAUUUGUUGUCUGAUGGACCAUCUUGCAAAAGGCCAGCUCUGUUGCAUGCCCAAUUUUUGACACCACCUCAAACACCAACGCCUGGGGAGAGCAUGGAAGAUGUUCAUCACAAUGAGUCCAAACAGGACAGCAGUGUCGAUCUGCUUCAGAACAUUAUAAAUAUUAAGAAUGAAUGCAGCCCAGUUUCACUGAACACAGUCCAAGUUAGCUGGAUGAGCCCUGUGGUGGUCCCUCAGAACUCCCCCCGAGAGCAGUGUCAGGAAUUCCAUGGAGGGCAGGUCUUCUCUCCACCUCAGAAAUAUCAACCAUUCCAAGUCAGCAGCUCCUCACAAAUGAUGGACCAGGGAUCCAUGUACCAGUAUUCUCCACAGAACCAGAAUGUAGAGCAGCAGCAGCAGCAGCAGCAACAGCACUACACCCACAACCCAACUCUGGAAUACACUUCUUAUUCCAGAACUUCCCAGUCUCCCAACUAUGAACCAAAUAUCUUUGAUGGUCAAGAAGCACAAUUCUGCCCAAACCAAAGUUUUUCAUCCCUUCUAAGUAGUUAUGGAGAAUCUGAGAAUAUUGCUGUUGCCAUUCAGACUUCCCCCAGUGUCCAGCAACAAAAUGAUGCCCACCUGCAGAACUUCAGCAUGAUGCCGAACAGUGCCUGUGAGUCCAUGGUGGGGCAUGAUGCAGGCUCUGCUUCUUUAAACACUUCACUGCCGUUCCAGAAUAUCAUUGGAAAUCCAAUGAACACCACACAGUUAGGAAAAUCAUUUUUUCAGUGGCAGGUAGAGCAGGAAGAAAGCAAAUUGGCAAAUAUUUCCCAGGACCAGUUUCUUUCAAAGGAUGCUGAUGGUGACACGUUUCUCCAUAUUGCUGUUGCCCAAGGGAGAAGGGCACUUUCUUAUGUUCUUGCAAGAAAGAUGAAUGCACUUCACAUGCUGGAUAUUAAAGAGCACAAUGGACAGAGUGCCUUUCAAGUGGCAGUGGCUGCCAAUCAGCAUCUCAUUGUGCAGGAUCUGGUGAACCUUGGGGCCCAGGUGAACACCACAGACUGCUGGGGAAGAACACCUCUGCAUGUCUGUGCUGAGAAGGGCCACUCUCAGGUGCUUCAGGCAAUUCAGAAGGGAGCAAUAAGGAGCAAUCAGUUUGUGGAUCUUGAGGCAACUAACUAUGAUGGCCUGACUCCCCUUCAUUGUGCCGUAAUGGCCCACAAUGCUGUGGUGCAUGAACUCCAGAGAAAUCAACAACCUCAUUCACCUGAAGUUCAGGAGCUUUUACUGAAGAAUAAGAGUCUGGUUGACACCAUUAAGUGUCUGAUUCAAAUGGGAGCAGCAGUGGAAGCAAAGGAUCGUAAAAGUGGCCGCACAGCCCUGCAUUUGGCAGCUGAAGAAGCAAAUCUGGAACUAAUUCGCCUCUUUUUGGAGCUGCCCAGUUGCCUGUCUUUUGUGAAUGCAAAGGCUUACAAUGGAAACACUGCCCUCCAUGUUGCUGCCAGCCUGCAGUAUCGGGUGACACAGUUGGAUGCAGUCCGCCUGUUGAUGAGGAAGGGAGCAGACCCAAGUACUCGGAACUUGGAGAAUGAACAGCCAGUACAUUUGGUGCCUGAUGGCCCUGUGGGAGAACAGUUGUUGCCUCCUCAGUUCAAGCCUGUGUUGCUUCCUGUCUGGACAAUUGUCACAAUUCCCUGCAUGGCUCUGGAUCCUGCUCUGGACAUUGGAUUCACCCUGAACACUGCUGGCUGGUUUGACUUCCUCAGGCAUGCCCUGACUAGGACACUCUUCUGCUGAGAAACCUUCGCUGCUUCAUCAUUUCCAAGAAAAUGAAGUAGGAAAACAUAUGGUCCAAGUUAUCUUUAGAGAUGCAUGUGUCAUUUUCUAUACAAGUGACCUGCGUCUGGGCCAAGUGGUACCACUCAGCAUGUCCUUAUUUUUCUGUUCCGUUACCUUUCCUCUUGGGUCUAGAGUGAUGUCUAAGUGGUCCCCACCUUCAAAAUCCAUUUCUACCAUGAUGCUUUCUUUGAUUAUCCAACACUUGGAACUUGUCUCCUUUGACUCCACAAAGCCUUUGCACCUCUCAUCCUCACCUCAUUUCCCAUUUCAGUGGUUAUUUAUUUGCUUGUUGACAUUUACCCACUCCCUCCUCGUGAGACCGUAAGCUUUCUGACAAUAUGUCUAAUUAAUAUAUCUAUUUCUUAAAGUAGCUAGUCUAAUAGGACCUCAAUACAAUUUGGCUCAGUUAAAAUAAUAAAACUUUGAUAUACAGACCCAUUCUUGAAAGUAAAAGUCUUGUAGGCAACAGACCACUGGUUAUGAGAGGAGAAAGAGAGAAAUAAUGAUAAUGAUGAUGAUAAUGAUAAUAAUAAUAAAAAGAAGGGUAGUUCAUUUGGGGUAUGAGGUAAUUAUUGGGAUUGGGUAAGAAAAGUAGGAAAUGCAAAGAAGUAUGUGUUCCAAGAAAAGUAUCAAUGACUAGGAUUAUGCUGAAAUAGUGAGGGGGUUUUGAAAGCAGUCUCCAUCUAAUCCCAUUCUAUUUCUUGGCAUAGUGUUAUGAUUAAUCUUCUAAGACAGAAGACAUGCUGGCAAACUGCCCUGUAUUUGAAAAUAAAGGAAACGCCCUGGAAAGAAUGAGAUGCGGUAAAGAGAGGAAAUGACAGUGUACUGAAAAGACUAGCUGUAAGUCAUCACAGGAGCACCCCAAAUCUUGGCAUAUGUCAGGCAGGCUGAUGGGAUCCUGGUGUUCCUCUUGCUACUAUGUAAAGGUAAUAGUCACUUUGACAGAAGCAGAGAUAAAGCAGCCUAACUACAUGGAGGAGUAACUUCUCAGGUAACUUCUAACCUUAAAGGUUUUGGGACUGUAAGUGCUGAAUACAUAAUGGUGCUCAAUAAAAGCUUGUUAAUUGACGGUCCACAGAUUUGUGACAGAACUUCUCAGAGUCAGAUUCUUCCAGGGUGGGAUCUAAGAGUAAGGCAAGCAACUCAGAAAAUGCCUAGGUUUGCCAGGUCACUCAGUGUCAUUGAGACAGGUAGGCUUGACUUGGUUAGGAAUUAAUAAUAGUCACAUCUUACUCUUCCAGAAGCCAUUUAUAUUACAACCUUAAAUCAUACAUGAGAACUUGGUUACAAUCCAAGAAGGUCUUUGAGCAGCCAAGUUAAAUAUGAAUUUAAAAAGUUUUAAAAUCUAGCCAUUAUGAAUAUGGAGGUUUCUCAAAAAAUUAAAAAUAGAACUACCAUAUGACCCAACAAUCCCACUACUGGGUAUAUAUCCAAAGGAAAUGAAAUCAGUAUGUUGAAGAGAUAUCUUCACUGCCAUGUUUAUUGCAACACUAUUCACAAUAGCUAAGAUAUGGACUCAACCUGUAUACAUCAGUGGAUGAAUGAAUAAAGAAAAUGUGGCAUAUAUACACAAUGGAAUACUAUUCAGACAUAAAAAAGAAUGAAAUCCUGUCAUUUGCAAGAACAUGGAUGAACCUAGAGGACAUUAUGUUAAGUGAAAUAAACCAGACACAGAAGGACAAAUACCACAUGAUCUCACCCAUAUGUGAAAUCUAAAAAGUCGAACUAGUAGAAAUAGAGUAGAGUAGUGGUUUGCAGAUUCUGGGAGAGAAGGGGGGAGAGGGAGGUGGAGAGAGAUUGGUCAAUGAGUAAACUUGCAGUUAGAUAGAAGGAAUAAGUUCUAGUGUUCUAUUGCACAGUAGGGUGACUAUAGUUAACAGCAAUACAUUGUAUAUUUCAAAAUAGCUAGAAGAGAGAGUUUUGAAUGUUCUUACCACAAAGAAAUGACAAUCGUUUGUGGUGAUGGAUAUGCUAAUUACCCUGAUUUGACCGUUAUACAUGUAUUGAACCAUCAUACUAUAUCCCAUAAAUAUGUACAAUUAUGCAUCAAUUAAAAACAAAAUAAAACUUUAAAAAAGUUCUUUAAGAUGAAAAUACCAGUUUAAAACCCUGAUUAGGUUUCUUCUGGUUAAGACAACAGACAUCUAUGUGGUUGAAAAAUUUCCAUUUUGUUAUGAAUUUGUCUGAAAAAAUAAUAUACCAAACACAUUUUAAAGCAUAAUAUAGUGUGUUGACUGCUCCACUGAAUACAUUCUGAAAAUCAAGAGGCACUCCCUGAGACAGUGAUUUUGGUGAAUUUUAUAUAAAUUGGUUGGCAUUCAGGGUUUGUGAUUGUUACCCCUCCUAUAGCUUUGUGUGUCUUGAUUUGAACGCAUGCUGGUGACUCAGGGAAAACUUAUUUACCUGUCAUUUUACCAUCAAGUACAUCAUUAUAAUUACAGCAAGUAAAGACCGAGGAAAUGGCCAAGUUAUUAACAUUGA